UUCCAUCGAUGACCAAGUUAAUAUUAUACAAUACGUAAUUAUUUGGAUUUGCGAUACUAUGAAUAUGUUUAAUAACGAUAACGAUACAACAGGCUACGAAUGGGUUGAGAUUCUAUGAUUUUUCGAUAAUAAAAGGAACAAAUGAUGAUUACUUGCAGGACCCGUUCACAAAUGAUUCUGUUAUCCCGUGCCAAUGUUGUAUCAUCAAGGAAGAAAAGAGUUGACCUUGUCAUUCUUGAAUACCCGUCCCACAACCAAUCACUAUUAAGGAAUCUUCUGGACUAUAUAAACAGCAUGCGAGAAAACAUGUGAAACAUUAAGUGAACCAAAACGAGUGCAAAAAGUAGAAGUUGCGAAAACGGAAACGAAUUAUAUUGAGCUAUGGCAUUAUCAUGGGUAGCAUUAUCACCAGUGACAUUGUUAACGUUGGUUUUUAUUUUAUCUGAUCUUACAAACUGUAAAGCACAGCAACAAGAAGGAGAUGCGUGUGUCGUAGAUAACACUCCAGGUAUUUGUACACGACUGCAUCAAUGCCAUCCGGUUUACGUAAAUGUAUUAAACAGACAAUUCCCAAACACCGUGUGUGGUUAUUUAAAGUUUGAACCUAUUGUUUGUUGUCCAAGAAAAAACGAAAGACCUAGAAAACCUGUUAAUAUUACAUCACUCCCUGUAACUCGAAAAAAGAGUACCAAAGCAACAAUAAAAUGUUUAGAAAUGAUCCAAAACAUUCCCAAAUUUAUUAUUGGUGGUACAAGAGCAUAUAUCAUGGAAUUCACGUUCAUGGCUGCGGUUGGAUUUGAUGAUGCGGAGAACAUUGCCUGGCUGUGUGGUGGUUCUCUAAUUUCAGAAAGAUUUGUCGUAACUGCAGCACAUUGUACCUAUAACAUAAAUUGGGGUAACGCGAACUGGGUCCGAUUGGGCGCUUUAAGCCUCGAGACUGCAAAUAAGGAUGGCGUCGUAAACGAUUUUAGAGUUAUCGAUAGAAUCAGACAUCCUUUAUACAAACGACCGUCCGAGUAUCACGACAUCGCGCUUCUUAAAUUAGAGAAAAACGUAGAAUUCGGUCCAUUUAUAAAACCCUGUUGUUUAGCAAAUUUCUUACCGGAUACCGGUAAUGGUAAAGCUAUUGCAAUGGGAUGGGGACGAGUUGAUUGGGCUGGAGAAAAUUCUAAUGAUUUGUUAAAAGUGACACUUGAUUUGGUACCUAACCCAGAAUGUAAUAGGACAUUUACCAAUGGUAUUAGAGACGAUAGGCUUGAAUUUGGAAUCGUUAGCGAUUGGCAACUUUGCGCUGGUGGACUUGGGAAAGAUACCUGUCAGGGCGAUAGUGGUGGACCUCUGGUUAUCUUAAACAAUACGAAUUUCGUGUACGAUCUAAUUGGUGUGACAAGUUUGGGAAAGCUUUGUGGUAGUAUUACACCUGGUAUAUAUACUCGUGUUUAUAAUUAUGUUCCAUGGAUAGAGGACAUAGUUUGGCCGGACUCGUAAUGUAAAUAUAUGAUAAAUAUAUUUUAAAAU